CGCCGCACCCACUUUCUGUCUCAGGGAUCCCCUCCCCCCAAUCAAACUACCAUAGGGAAGGGGCACCUGAGGACCCACCGGAACGCGGUCCUCGUUCCCCCCGGAAGCCAGGCUGUAUGGGGCAGAACCCUGGGGGAGACGGAGCAGAACCUGGGGCCAACCCGAACCCCUGAAGUUCCAUCCAGGGGCGCCCCCGGAACACCCUGCCCGUGGGCGCGCCGCCAGCCGCCGAGCAGCCAGAGCGAGACGGUUAUCUGUUCCAGCCCUACUGUGAUGCUUUGUGACGAUGGCAACGAGCGGUGGCUACCUGCCAGCACGGGUCCCCGCUUCAGCGGUGUCCAGAUCUACCACAACCCCGCGGCCAAUUCCUUCCAGGUUGUCGGAGGAGGCAAGAUGCAGCCCGGCCAGCAGGUGGUCAGCAACUGUGCCAUCGUCCGGGGCGUCAGGUACAAUCAGGCCACCCCCAACUUCCAUCAGUGGCGAGACGCCCGCCAGGUCUGGGGCCUCAACUUCAGCAUCAAAGAAGACGUGGUGCAGCCGGCUGCCGGCAGGGCCAGUGCUCUACAGGCCUUGGAAGGAGACGGGCCGCCGGCACCCCCAGCACCCCCAGCACCCCCAGUACUCCCAGCACCCUCAGCACCCUCAGCACCCCUUGCCUGGGCACGCUCCACCAGGGAGGAGGUGGAGCAGCAGAAAAGGCAGUGGCCCAGCCAGCCCGAGGAAGUGGAGAGGAAGGGAUGGGUCACCAAGGCAGGAAGCCCACCUGUUCACCCAGUGGGGGGACCACCCCCGCCUCCAGGACCUCCCUGUCCUCCGGGUCCCUCCGCACCCCCAGGAUUGCCCUCCUCAGGGGUCCUGGCUUCAAGGCAUGGAGUAGGGGGAGGCACAUCUCCUGCGAUCCCUCUCUCUGCAGCACAAGGAUGGAAUGGUGGAGAUGCAGGAGCCCCUGGCUUGGCUGCAGCCAUUUGGGGAGCCAAACUUAGAAAAGUCAACAAGCAGAAGGAGACCUCAGGAAGACCGCUGGGCCCCAAAGCUGAGAACAGUCGAAGCACCGGUCCAGGGUUCAUGGAGGAGAUGGCUGCCUUGCUGGCCCAGAGAAGAAAAGCCACACAGAUUGGAGGGAAACCCAAGGAAGAAUCUGCUAGUCAGGAGGAGCCAGGGGCCAGAGGCCCAGCCCAGAGUGAACCUGUGCCAAGACCCUGGGAGAAGAACAGCACAGCCUUGCUGAGGAUGAAGUCCUCUUCUUCGAGGACUGCUUCCAAGGCCCAGCCCUCCAGCCAUGGGGAAGAGUCAGACCUGGAGAGGGUGAAAAGGGAGCUUCUGGAAGAGGUGAGGAAGGAAUUACAGAAGGUUAAAGAGGAGAUAAUUGAAGCCCUUGUCCAGGAGCUGAGGAAUUGGGGUUCCCCCUGACCACAGGAACCCCCAAACCCCAUUCCUUUUUUCCAUACUCCCCGCCUGUCACCCUGCCUCUUCUUGACAUGGAAUUGACUGAAGACUACACAGGAAUUCUUCUUCUCCCCUCCUGGUCCCACCUAGAAAAUUUCAAGGGGGUGUGGUUUCCCUGGUGCCCUGCCCUCAUCCAUGCUGGCUUAUUGAGUAGCUGGGGAGGCCCCCACCCUUUGCUCCCAUUGGUCUCUCCCAUCUGCUGUCCCUUUGGGGCUGGUUCCUCUUCCGGGGAUGUACCAAUGAAUCCCAUAAUAAGGGGGGAAGGAAAGAGGGAAUUUCACAUUCCCUUGUUCUGGAUUCACUUUCACGCCUAAUGUCUUCGGAUUUUUCUGUUUUCAUUUUUAAGAAAAAGUAUACACACACAUAUAUAUAUAUAUACACAUAUAUUUAGUUGGGUUUGGGAGAAAGGGAAAAUUUUUUUCCUCUUUGGUUUUCAUAAAAUGGGGUGUGGAAAUGUUUAAUUGCUAUAUUCCCAGGCUAGCCCAUUUGGGGCAGCUGUUUAAGGGUGGAUGUCUCACCAGGCUGGGGUACUUCCCCCCACCCCAGGGAACCACCUGCCUGCCCUCUGGCUCCUUCCCUUUUCUAUGAGGAAUUAAGAUGCUUUAACUUUC